GUAAUAUCUGAAUGCGCAUGCACCAUUUUCUCUUUCUGUAAGGAAGAACUGAGCACUUCCCUGCUUUUCUUUGCUGGCUGUCAUCACCAUCACUGCUGGCACUGUCUGGGAGCUAAAGUAAGUGCAGUGGAUACUUAAUUGCUACAGCACCUAUCAAGAAAUGGCAGAAGAGACUUCAAAGCCCUCAGAAGAAGCAGCUGCUACCCUUUUGGUUCGUCACCUUCCUGAAGCCAUUCCCUAUGACACCCUCUGUCGACUAUUCUCUCACUAUGGUGCUUCCUACGUGCGGCCGUGCACUGGAGGAAAAGUGAGAAACUGUGCAUUCAUUGAUUUCAAGAGUGAAGCUUUGGCAUCGCAAGCACAACACCAGUUAAACGGAUUGCGGUUUCUUGGCAAAGUCUUGUCGGUGGAGAAAGCUAGUAAACCAAUAGAUGAUAGCAAAUCUCAUCAAAGUGAAACUCAGUUUGGGAAGGGCUCCAUAUCCUCAAUGAAAAAUGCUCUUGUAACCAGAGAUCUUGAUAAAGGAUUGAAAAGAGGCUCCUUACCUGCUAGUGAAUCCAUUGCAGAAAGACUUGGCGUGGACUACCCAUUUCCUCCCCAUCUUGAGUAUGCAUACCCCUCAGCAGAUAGAAAUAUAGUGACCAACAUUGUGAAUGCUCUUAUUGCAGUUCCUCGAUUCUAUAUCCAGGUGUUACACUUGAUGAACAAAAUGAAUCUUCCAGCUCCAUUUCAUUCUUUGCCAAUGCAACCUCUAACACCUCCAGCACCGGCUAUGCCACCACUCGAACCACCUCCUCCUCCUCCUCCUCCUCCCUCAGCUGCUAAGUCUCGAUUGGCAGAUCUGUCUAGUGGUGAAUCAGAGUUGGAGUCUUCAGAUGAAGAAGUUGAUGACAACACCAAUUCCAUCAGAGGUAUGAGAGAAGUGGGACAUAAACAAAAACGCAUCAAGCGAGAAACUAUUCUAGGUCCUGCAGUGGAUAAAGACGUGGCUCAUGAGGAUGUAGGAUUAAAACCUGCCACCUUGGUGCCAAAGGAGAUCCCAGUGGUCAAAAAGAAAAACCCUGUGCUUCAUAUCAAAAUUGCCCCUAAACAAAUGCAGACUGAACAGAAACAUAAUGGUACCAACAAAGAAUCAGAGGAGGUAGAGAAAGAGCACUCAGAUCUGAAACCUUACGCAACCCCAGAAGAAUUGGAGAGUGGGAAGUUGCCACCUGAGGAAAUUUUAUCACUUCCAAUGUUUAAGAAUUAUACUGCUGGGUGUCCUGCUUCAGUGUUGUACAUAAAAAACUUAGCAAAGGAUGUGGUUGCAGAUAACCUCUACUUCAUAUUUGGAUCAUUAUUUGGGAGCAUUGAGGCUGCUAAAUCUUGUCUGAGUGUGAAGCUAAUGCAGGAGGGAAGAAUGAGAGGCCAAGCUUUUGUGACAUUUCCAACGGUUGAGCUUGCCCAUCGAGCUCUGAAUCUGGCUAAUGGGUAUGUGUUUAAAGGGAAGCCCAUGAUCAUCCAGUUUGGCCGGAAUCCUGUAGCUGCAAAAGCAAACUAAAAAUCUUAUCUGCAGAAGCAUACGGAUCCAUGAAUUUUGGGUGAAUGAACCUUGAAUUUGACUUGUUUAUACGAAAUUUCAGUGAGUUAAUGUAAUUUAGAUCCAAAUUAGUCAAACUAAUUUUUUCCAAAUUCAAGUAACGGCAUCUGUACAGCUUACUCAGCCAAGUAACACUGAUGAGCUUCAAAAUCUGUUCGAAUGGGCUUCAACAAGACUCCAAUGGAGUGGAUCAAUUGAGUGGAUCUCCAAGUUGAAGUUAAAAAUAAGGGUUAAUUGUACUUGAGGUUUUUAAAUUAUGGGGUUUGUCUAAUUUUGGC